GACUGACGGAGGGAGGCGCAGGCAGAGCCGGACACACGGACAGAGCAGGCGCAGCCAUGACUGAGCUCCACGAGGUGCAGAUCACGGAGGAGAAGCCCCUGUUGCUGCCCCCCUCGCAGCCCGUCCCGGGCAAGAAGCACUCGGUGGAGACGCCCUAUGGACUCGUGGCCUUCACCGUCCAUGGCACCCCGAAGCCCAAGCGCCCGGCCAUCCUGACCUACCACGAUGUGGGGCUCAACCACCAGUCCUGCUUCGAGCCGCUCUUCCGUUUCGAGGACAUGCAGGAGAUCGUCAAGAACUUCGUGGUGGUUCACGUGGAUGCCCCUGGCAUGGAGGAAGGCGCCCCACUGUUCCCCUUGGGGUACCAGUACCCGUCGCUGGACCAGCUGGCCGACAUGAUCCCCUGCAUCUUGCAGUACCUGAAAUUCACCAGCAUCAUUGGCAUCGGGGUGGGAGCCGGCGCCUACAUCCUCGCCCGCUACAGUCUUUCUCACCCUGACACCGUGGAGGGCUUGGUUCUGAUCAACAUCGACCCCAAUGCCAAGGGCUGGAUGGACUGGGCGGCUCACAAGCUGAGCGGCCUGACCUCGUCCAUCCCCGAGAUGAUCCUGGCCCAUCUCUUCAGCCAGGAGGAGCUGUCCGGCUGCACGGAGCUGGUCCAGCAGUACAGGGAGGCGCUGGUCGGAGCCCCGAACCUCAGCAACAUUCAGCUCUACUGGAGCAGCUACAACACCCGCCGGGAUCUGAACUUCGAACGUGGAGGAGACGUCACCCUGAAGUGCCCCGUGAUGCUGGUGGUGGGAGACCAGGCCCCCCAUGAAGAUGCCGUGGUGGAGUGUAAUUCCAAACUGGAUCCCACCCAGACCUCCUUCCUCAAGAUGGCAGAUUCCGGGGGGCAGCCCCAGCUGACACAGCCUGGGAAGCUGACCGAGGCAUUCAAGUACUUCGUCCAGGGCAUGGGAUACAUCCCCUACGUCCUGGACAGGAAACUGAGUAUGGGUGGCCUCCUCCUGCAUGACGCGCCUGUCGCGCUCCCGCACCGCAUCGCUGUCCAGCGCAGCCUCAGGGGACGGGAGCCAGUCCCGCUCCCGCACCCUGUCCCAGAACAGCGAGUCGGGGAGCCCCCAGCAGCCGCCGCGGCCGGCCCCGGGGAGCGGAGCCCACACCAUGGAGGUCUCCUGCUGAGCAGAGGGGGGGGAGGGGAUGGAGACGCCUCCCGCCUCUGA